AUGGCAAUGCGCGUAUUCAAUGAAACACAGGUGAUCACGAAGCCUAUUUAUAACGGAGGCAGUCAGGCAGAGAUCGAUAUCCUCAUCUCACUCACUGAAGCACGCACCAGAGGUAGAGCUAGAGCUAGCUACAAUGCAACAAGACAGCUGGCGGCGGCCGGGGGGAAGAAGAAGAUGCUGGCCACCCUGGUGGGGUGCAACUACGCCGGCACGCCGUUCGAGAUGCAGGGCUGCAUCAACGACGUCCACGCCAUGCGCGCCGUCCUCCUCGACCGCUUCGGCUUCGCGCCAGGCGACGUCACCGUGCUCACCGACGACGAUCCCAAGAAGCUCCCGACCCGCGACGCCAUCAAAGGCGCGCUGGAUGACAUGUCAUGCGCGGCGAAUUCGCCGACGGCCCUGGCGGCUGCCCCGACGAGUACUGACAUGCUUGCAUGCACGCACGCACGCACGCGACGUCGGUCGGUGGUCGUUACGGCAGACCUGUACUUCCGGGAGCUGGUGGACUGCGUGCCGGCGGGCGCCACCUUCACCAUGGUGUCCGACUCGUGCCAGAGCGGCGGCCUCAUCGACCAGGAGAAGGAGCAGAUCGGUCCAGCCGCCGCCGCCGCCGACCCUCACCUCCACGCCGGCGCUUGUGCCCGCCGGCUCCUCCCGUACACCGUGGUGCUCAGCCACCUGUCGGCCGCGUCGGGCCUGGGCGCGUCGGCCGAUCCCCUCGUGGCGCUACUCGGCGACGACGCCAGCGCCAAGUUCCACGCCAACACCGACGACGCCAACGCCAUGAUCACCGACGACGCCAACGCCGAAGUGCGGGGCAAGGCGGCGUACGGGGCGUUCACCAGGGCGCUGCAGGCCGUGCUGGCGGCGCACCCGGCACCGAUGAGCAACCGGGAGGUGGUGCGCCGUGCCAGGGAGGUGCUGAGCGAGCAGCGGAUCCCGCAGCACCCCUGCCUCUACUGCAGCGACGCCAACGCCGACGCCCCGUUCCUGGGGCAGCAAGACAGCAAGGCCAAGAGCAACUGA